AUGCAAAGAAUCUUUAGGAGCAGCAGCUACAUGGACGUGCGCUGGUUUCCCUUCGACGUGCAGCGCCUGAAGUUCGGCUGGUGGACGUACGGCAGCUGAUCUCUGGACCUGCAGAUGAUCGAGGGAGUCACCGGAUACAUCUCCAACAGAGAGUGGGACCUCGAGGAGGUUCCCGGCCUCAGGAACGAGCGUUUCUACGACUGCUUCAAGGAGCCGAACGCUGACGUAACCUUCACCCUGGUGAUGAGGAGGAGGAUCCUCAUCUCCACCCUCUCUCUCCUCGUCUUCCUGCUGCCCGCCGACUCCGGAGAGAAGAUCUGGCUGGGUGUCACCGUGUUGCUCUCUCUGACUCUCUUCAUGCUGCUCGUGGCUGAGAUCAUGACGUCAGACUCUGUUCCUCUGAUCGCUCAGUACUUUGCCUCCACCAUGGUGAUGGUGGGUCUGUCUGUCAUUGUGAAGGUUCUGGUUCUGCAGUAUCAUCACCACGACCCUGAUGGAGGACACAUGCCACAGUGGGUCAGUCCCUCCUCCUUCUCUUCAUCCUCCCUCCUCGUCUUCCUCCUCCCAGUAUGGUCUGAUGUCUCUGUGGAGCCUCAAGUCCUUCACAGGCUCCAGGUUUGA